UGGUACAUUUGAUAUUAUUUGACGACUAUUUCAUUGUAUAAAUCGUCAUGACUGCUUCAGUUAGCACCAAUCCAUCUACAUUAUUACCUUUAGAAUUAGUUGACAAGUGUAUCGGUUCUCGAAUACACAUUAUUAUGAAAAAUGACAAAGAGAUUGUAGGAACUUUGCAAGGUUUUGAUGAUUUUGUCAACAUGUUACUGGAAGAUGUAACAGAAAGUGAGGCAACCCCGGAAGGUCGCAGAGUUACAAAGUUGGAUCAGAUUCUUCUCAACGGCAGCAAUAUUACUAUGUUAGUACCUGGUGGUGAGAUGCCGGAUACAUAAUACUUUUAAGCCAUCAUCCUGAGCGUAUCAGAUUUAUUUCUAUCUUGAUAAGAUUGUGAUGAAGCAUUAACCUCAUUACUUAUCGCAACUACUUAUGGACUCUAUUAACGGACGUCACCCAAUUCCAAUUUGAUAAAAAUAAUAGAAACUCUGU